GAUGUACAUAAAGAUCCAAAUUAUAAUAAUUUGUCACAUCACAAAAAUGAUGUCAAAGAAGCAUUAGAAGCAAUUAGGCAUUGGAUUCUUAAUGUUGCUAGUACUUCUAAUAAAUUGAAAUAG